UGCUGUUCAUAAAAGUAGUAAUCAACUAUGCACGUGCUUUUAUUCCUGUUUGAUACUUACACAGCACACUCUUGAAAAUCUCUUUACUGAAAAAAGCACAGCAACUGCAGAAGCUGAAUCAUCGAUUUUCAAACUAGCACAAAAUGACCAUGAUCAUACUUAAGUUUUAUUACUUCAUUAGCAAUCGGAAAAUUCCUAUCUUUGUUUUAUUAUUUCUCCUUGUACUAUCAACAAAAAUUUAUUUGACUGAGAAAGAUGCCAGAAAUGAUCAGAGAGAGAAGCCGAAGAAUAAUGAAGACCUGGUUUGCAGUAAAGUGACUCUUCCCGCUUUCGAGGCAAAACAUGCGGAUGAUAAUCAAGUGUUUCUACUGGAAACUACAGGUAACAAGUUCCUGCGUGGCCGCCAGUGCUGUUCGAUCGAAUCAAUAGCACGCAACUCGGGUUUAGUUGCUAAGGUCAUUUUCAAGUCAACGGAGCUUGACCUUUCUGAAAGUCAGGGCCUGUGUGACCUCUACUUUAAUCAAAACAACGUCCAGUUUUAUACUCUGAAUUUUGCCGAGUUCUUCAGAAACUCUCCUGUCGAAGGCUUGCACGAAAAAAUAGAGAAAGCGAAGGUCAGUCACACCCAUUACAGUAAUGUGCUGCGAAGUCUUUUGCAGUAUCGAUUCGGAGGCUUCUACUUGGAUUUGGAUGUGAUGAUUUUGAAAGACAUAACUAAUCUGAGAAAUGUGAUGUCAUUUGAGACGGCCUCACAUCCAAGCUAUGUAGGGAAACCGCAUGUUAGCUGCAACCAACCGAAUGGCGUGUCUAUUAAGGGCCAGAGUCGCUUAGAGAAUGCUAUGUCUCAUGGAGAAAAGGGGCACAUUUUUCAAUACACUUGGUUGAGCCUCGCAAACGAAGAAUUUGACCCGAGCACGUGGGCCUGGGGUAGACAGCCGCUUUUGACUGGAAGGGUUGCGAAACAGCUGCUGAAAUCAUGGGACUCCUUAAGUCUCGGAAACUUCACAAUUUACAAUACUGGUCAACAAUACCAUAUCACUAUCAUACCCGAAAAAUCCUUUUCUCCUGUGCAUCAUAGCCGAUCUAAGUAUCUGUUCACUGCUCGUGACAUGGCGCCAUCAGACUGGGAUGAAUUGUUCAAGUGCAGCUACGGAGUUCACUUCUGCUCGCACAAUACUGGAAAACACCCAUUAAAAGGAAACCCAACUAGAGAAGCCUAUUCAUACCUCGGGCCUAUGCAUUGUCCAAGAAGUAUGAAAAACUUGAAGCAAUUCUGAGAACUCGAACUUUGUCACAAUUUUGGGCUAGGAGGUUGAGCAGUCCAAUUUAAAAUGAUUUCUACUA